AUGCUGGGCAAAAGAAAGCGGGAUGUCGUUGUCGUGACGAGACAAAUACGUCAAGAGGACAGCGACAUCCAAAGCCUAUCUCCAUCGGCUGACGAAAAGCAAGAUAUUCUCCGCAAAGUCUUCGAGGCUAGAUUUGGACCAGUGGAAGCCCUUGUCAAGCCGAUAGCUAGGAGUCCUGAGGAGCCAUCGCAUCUUUCGUUGGCAGAAGGCAACGACGACGAGUGGGAAGGUCUUUCAGAUCAGGUCGACAAUGCUGCUAGUGAUGAGCACCCAUCUGCGGAAGUCGUUGAGCACACGACCUCAUGGAACUCAGCGAAGGAUAUGUUAGAUAAACCGGCCCGGAAAGCUUUUAUGACCUCAAAGCCACCACCGUCCUCUAAAGAAGCGCAGAAUUCAGCACCAAAAACGAAAAAAACAGGAGAAGCGGGCGCCGCUGCCGAUGAUCAAGCCAUGGAGGCUGAAAACCUGAAAAACGACCUUGCGCUACAAAGACUAUUAAAGGAGUCACAUCUUCUCGAAAGCGCUGAUGACCUUAACCCAACCGGCGCAAAAAGGCAUCGCGCGAUCGACCUCCGGAUGCAAGCUGUGGGAGCGAAAUCAUCAAUAUUCUCGCAGGCGAAAAUGCCUAUGUCGCAUCGCAAAGGGAUUAUUGGGAAGGCGAGCAAAAGGGAAGAAACGCGGCGGAGAGAAGCGAAGGAGAACGGGAUUAUCCUUGAGAGGCCUUCGUUUUCUGCAAUUGGUAGAAAUAAAAAGGGGCGCGUUGGUGGGGGUGGUGCUAUGCGCAAAGAGAGAGGUAUUGGGGGUCCUUCUGUUGGGAAGUUUACAGGGGGUACGCUAAGACUUAGCAAGAAGGAUAUUUCUGAUAUACAAGGGCCAAGAAAGGCGGGAACUAAGGGGAAAAUAGGCGGGGGAAAAGGAAGAGGAAGAGGGAAACAUAAUUGA